AUGAAUUGUACCUAUCAUAUCAGAAAUUCAUAUUCUUUGAUUUGCAAAGUUCCUCACAAGGGCGAAUGUUAAAGGAAACUUUGUGAUGAAUGUCUUAAUAAACAUGGUGUUGAUUUGAAACAUACAAUUCCUAUAAAAAUAUUUCGAGAAAUGGCUAUGAAGGAAUUAAAAGACUCCAAGCUUGACGAGACAUCUAAGUUAAACGAAAAGAGAAUGGCCUUUAAAUACUUGCUCUCUCAAACCAAAUCUAUGCUAAAGAAAAUUUGGGAAGAAUUAUAAAAAUUUAUCAAUUAAGUAUAUCAUAUGAUUGAAAAGGAAAACUAAUCAUUCUUAAAUCUCAUAACGAAAAUACUAAUCUAGCUGAAUCCUCUUAAAAAGAUUUAGAAAAAUUAGUAAACAUGGUAGAAGGAACAAAUCUAUCUGAUUGGAAUGCUUAGAAGAAUUUUUAUAUGAAGGAGUUAGAUAAGACAAAGAGUUGGUGGAACUAUCAUAUUAAGGCUUUUAUAGAAAAGUCUAACCUAGAAAUUCAAUAGAUUCAAUAAUUAAUUAAGUAAGUAUUUAAAUCAUAUAUCUAGGAUUCAACCUAAUCAAAAAGAAGAAACCGAAGUUUAUAUAAUGAAAGAAGAACUUUUUGAAGUCUUAACUUACAUUGAGGAUAUUGAUGAAUCUAUACAUAAGAAAAUUCUUUAAAUACAAUGUUUCAGAUAUUUUUGGAUUCCUUUCGAAGAAAAACAAUUUUACGAAUCUUAAUUCAACAAGCAAGAGAAUAUAAGCUUCAUAAAUUAUUAAAUAAAUAAAAUCACAAAUGUCUUGAAAAAUAUUAAGGACCAUUAAUUUAAUAAAGAUGACUAUUCUUCGAAGACUUACGAAAAGGAAAGAUAAGAUCUAAUUAAGUAGAUAGUAAAAAAUAAGAGGAGCAUAGAUUUUAUAAAGUUUUAGUUUUUCUAACAAGCAUAGAUGCAAAAUUUAUUUAAUGUGGAUCUAAUUCAGGUUGAUCUAAGGAACCUAUCUUUUGAGAAUAUUAGGAUAAAGAAUACUUCUUUGAUUGGAGGUAAUUUUGUGCAAUGCAAUUUAAAUGGAUCGGAAUUUGAUAACGUUGAUUUUAGUGGAUUGAAUUUGAAUGGUACCUAGAUGUUUAAUUGUAAAUGGAAGAAUAUUAAAAUCCAUAAAUUCAAUAAAUUGGAUGGUCAUAAUAGUUGAGUGAAUUCUGUCCAUUUCUCUCCUGAUGGAACUACUUUAGCAUCUAGUAGUGGUAAUAUUUAUUAAGGUAGUGAUUGUUCUAUCCGUCUAUGGGAUAUAAAAACAGGAUAAUCAAAAGCCAAAUUAGUUGGUCAUACUAGUCAAGUAAUGUCAGUCUAUUUCUCUCCUGAUGGUAAUAUAUUAGCAUCUGGUAGUUAUGAUAAGUCUAUCCGUUUAUGGGAUGUCAUAAUAGGAUACUAAAAAGCCAAAUUAGAUGUUCAUACAAGCCCUGUCUAUUCGGUCUGUUUCUCUCCUGAUGGAAAUACAUUAGCAUCUCGUACUGAUGAUAACUCUGUUCGUACCUGGGAUGUUGAAACUGGAUAAGAAAUUCAAUCCUCUGAUUAAAAUUAUAAAGAUGUUUUAAUGAAAUUUAAAACUCCAUUCCUAUAACAUAAUGCUAUUUCAGAACGUGGUAUUUAAGAUUUUUAUAUUAUUAGUCUCUAAUUAUAUUGCAACACUUCUUAUAUCUUAAUAAGCAAUAUUUUAAGCAAAAGGAGCUCUAAUACUGAAAGGAGAAUUUAUUAAUCAAUUUUAAAGACAUUAUUAAAACAACAAGGAAGUUGCUUUUUGGAAAAUUUAAAGUAAAAGUGGAUUUGAUUAUUAUCAGAAAAAUUACAAAUUUAUUUACAACCAAUUUCUUUUGUCUUUAUCGGUCUGCUCUUCAACUUCAUUUCUUAAAAUAUAUAAAAACAUUUCUAUCCAAAGUUUAAUUCCAUUUUAGUUAAAUAUACGCCUCUUUUACUUUAGUAUUUUUAAAUCUAUGAUCAGCCUAGCACAGGGAAUAUUUAUUGAGAUGUCAUAAAAUUUAUCAAUAAAUAUUUAUAGAAGUUUAAAUUUAAAUGAUACUACAUUAAAUAAAUAACCUAAACAGAGAUCAGUGAGCCUAACAAAGAGAUUAAAAGAAAGCGCAAAAUAAUUAUUUAAAGAACAUUAAAGGUAAAUUAACACAAUGGCAUUUUUUUAAUAAUCUAGGAUACAAAGAUAAUAAUAAGAUGCCAAGAAUUUAAAAAAUAAUGUUGAUCCUAUUUUAUUUAAGCAAUUAACCUAAACUAUAAAAAAGUAAAGAAAAUAGGUAGAAUGA